UAAAGACUUUGUAAAUAGUUGGAAAUUUAUAUUGAGAAUAGUCCAGAAAUAUUGACAAUUUGGCUAACUUUGUGCUUUAAAAAGUGAAUAUUUGUGAAUAUUUGAGAAAUCUGUGCAGAAGGAUAACCUUUGACCAGUAUAAUUUGCAUAAUUUCUAUGGUUAUAUAACAUCAUCUCAACCAGUUUCAAAGUGACUUACUGACACACUGAGCAAAGAUUCAAUGUGCAUUUCUCUUUGUUUAUGAUGCAAUUUCAAAUGUGUAUAAAUUUCCGCGAGUAAAAGUUAUAUCACAGCAUUAGACAGACAGUAUUUAGCAGAGAGUUGAAAAAACGCACCGAGCAUCAUAUUCUCUAAAAACGUUAUGCUGGUUUGGUGAUACAAUUAGAAAUAGUUUUGUGUGCUGUAAUCAAUUUUAUUACAUUUAAAUAAGUCUAUGUCACCAAACAACCAUUUUAACAGUAAUCAUCUAAAAAUGGACAUUGAUUUAAGUAAAUAUAUUCGGAAAAAGACUCCAAAAGAACUGCUUGAUGAUAACAAUAACUUUGAGGACUUUACAAAUAGUCCAUUAAUUACGACAAAAUGUAUCAAGGAUUAUUACAAUGAUUGCAGUAUUUUUGUAACUGGAUCGACUGGCUUUUUGGGAAAAGUUUUGAUCGAAAAACUCCUCCGCUCGUGCGAUGGAAUUCGUAAAAUUUACAUUCUCUUAAGGCCAAAGCGAGGCAUUGAAAGUGAACAACGUUUUGAAGAAUAUUUACGCAAUCCAAUAUUUGAGAGAAUCCGCAGUAAAAAUCCAAAUGUGCUGAGGAAAUUGAUUUGCAUUCCGGGUGAUAUUAAUGAUGCGAAACUAGGCCUUGACGACGGUGACAUUCAUGUACUGCAACAGAAUGUUGAUAUCGUUUUUCAUGUUGCCGCAACAGUUAGAUUUAAUGAACCGUUAAGAGAUGCUGCCAAUUUAAAUACGUUUGGGACUCAUCGUGUCAUGGAACUAUGUACGAAAAUGAAGAAGUUGAAGAGCUUAGUGCAUGUAAGUACAGCAUAUAGUAACCCACAUUUGAAGAAUGUCGAAGAACAGGUUUAUGGUACAUCAUCAUCACCAGAUCAUCGUUUAUUCAUAAAUGGAAUAGGUACAUUGCCCGAUGAAUUUACUGAAACAAUUGCAAAACGUUUUAAUAAAAGACAUCCAAAUACGUAUACAUUAACGAAGCAUAUGGCAGAACAAAUUGUACUCGACUAUUAUGAUAUUCUUCCAAUAAGCAUUGUGAGACCAUCAAUUGUUACGGCUGCACUUAAUGAGCCUUAUCCAGGCUGGAUAGAUAAUGUUUAUGGAAUCACAGGCGUCUUAAUGGAGAUAGGGCGAGGAACAAUUAGCAGUAUAAUGGGAAAAGAGCAUAAUCUUGUCGAUUUGAUGCCCGUCGAUAUUGUUUGUAAUACAUUAAUUACAGCAGCAUGGGGAAACAGUUUUAUGCGAUCAUCGAAUGCAAUUACUGUUUAUAAUUGCACUUCAGGACAGACUAAUCCAAUGCGGUACAGUGAGCUGAAAAAGAAAAUUCUAAAACAUUCACGCAAAAAUCCAUCGAAAUAUGUUGCAAUGUAUCCAAAUUAUGUUUAUCAAACGAAUCGAUUAAUCCACACGGUUUGUGAAAUAUUUUUGCAUUUUCUGCCAGCCUUUUUAUUUGACUUAUUGUUAAGAGCAAAAGGCAAGAAGCCAAUAAUGAUGAAAAUUGCCAAACGAUUUAAAAUGGCAUGUGACACUGGUGAAUACUUUGUGUUAAAUGGAUGGAAUUUCGAUGCAAAAAACGUUCGACGGCUCAUACGUGCAGCAAAUCAAACGCAAGCCGAUUGCAAUGAAUUCAAUUGUGACAUGAGUGCAAUAAAUUGGGAUGAGUAUGUUGAACAUUAUCUGAUGGGAAUUAGAACGUUCAUAUUGAGAGAUGAUGCAAGCAGUCUGCCGAAAGCGCGACGAAAAUUAAGAAAAAUUUAUUGGACACAACGAGUUCUUCAGUUUAUUUUGAUAGCUGGUGCAAUUUAUAUCUUUUUUAUUGGCUUAUGGAAUUAAAAUUGAUUUAUGUAAAAUUCAUGAGAUGAUUAUCGUUUUAAAUAAAGAUUUAUCUUCCUUUAUCUCA